AUGCAGGCCGAGGAUUGGACAAAGUGUGCGCCAAAGACGCUCGACCUCUCCAACUUCACAGGUAUGGGCAUGCCAAAGAUUGAGACUGCCAUCUCACGCAUCUAUGCCCCAGAGGUGGAGGACAUGGUCAGGGAACUGAUGCCAGCUGCAACUCGCGUAGAGUUGGACCCGCUCUGCGCACGGCGGGGUCCUGGCACAAAGAAUCCAACGUAUUCCUUCGCAGUCCAUCAGGACUAUGGUUUCACAGCCGACGACUGGCCGCUGGCGGACAAUGGCUUUAAAGCAAAGUUUGACGAACCUGACGUCAAGGGCUUCAUGGCCGUGAACUUCUGGCGGCCAGUGCAGCCAAUGAAAGGACCUGUAAAGAAAGCGCCGCUGGCGGUCUGCGAUCCCAAAAGUGUGAAGAUGGAGGACACCGUCCCCAUCAACAUACGCUGGGAUGAGCUGGGCUAUGUGAAGAUGUUGGCUCUGGCUCAUGAUGACGAGCAGCGCUGGUACUACUAUCCGGACAUGACGGUGGACGAGGUCCUUGUCUUCAAGUCGUUCCAGUACUUCAAGCGCUACUUGGGCCAGGAGGGCCCGGAGCUGAACACCUGCUUCCACACCGCCUUCGAGGAUACGACCGCACCCUG